AAAAAAGUAUAAAAAGAUGCGAAUCUUCUCUAAGAAAUCAGUCAUUCUUUGAAAAUUGAAAAAAAAAUAUCAAAUCUAUUUUUUUAUUCUCGUUGAAUAACAAAAUCAUCAUGAUGAAAUUGAUAAUUGUCGUCGCUGCCCUUGUGGCCAUUGCUUUUGGAGCACCACAAAAGUUGCAAAAAACUGAAGACGUUGUCGUCGUCAAGGAACUUUUACACGACAAUAUUGGACUCGAUAAAUAUGAAUACAAUUUUCAAUUAUCCGACGGUCAACAGCGAGAGGAAUCGGCACAUUUAAUAAAUCCAGGAACAGAAAAUGCGGCAAUUGUCGUACGUGGAAGUUUCUCAUGGGUUGAUCCGGCAACAAAUCAACUCUACACUGUCACUUAUGUUGCCGAUGAAAAUGGAUUCCAUCCUGAAGGCGCUCACAUUCCUAGUGUCUAAGGAUAAUUAAUUAUACGUAUUUUUAAAAAUAAAAAGCAAAAAAAAUCGCAA